CGGCUCAACAAUUGGUAGGCGGUAUAUACAUCGUGAUAGGAAAGAGCGUCAUGAUCUAAUUGUUAAUGAUUAUUUCAAUGGCGCGAAUUCAAAGUAUACACCAGAGAAAUUUCGUCGCCGGUUUCGGAUGGACAUUGAAUUAUUCCAGCGAAUUUUGGGAGCAAUUGAGAACCAUGAUGAUUAUUUUACACAAAAGGUUGAUGCGGUUGGAAAACCUGGGUUGAGUCCUUUACAAAAAAUAUUGGCUUCAAUGCGUAUGUUAGCAUAUGGUUGUGCAGCAGAUAUUCUAGAUGAGUAUGUCCAAAUUGGAGAGAGUACAACAAUUGAGAGUUUGAAACGAUUUUGUGAUGCUAUAAUUGAUAUUUUUGAAAAGCAAUAUCUACGAAAACCAGACAAAGAUGAUGUUGCACGACUUUUGAAAGAGGGAGAGGACCGAGGGUUUCCAGGAGAAACUAUUUGCAAGGCAUCAAGAAUCUGUGAGAAAAGAUGUAGAACGAGCAUUCGGAGUAUUGCAAAGUCGGUGGCAUAUUGUCAAAGGUCCGGGACGUAUGUGGAAUCCAAACGAUUUGGGAAAGAUUAUGAAAGCGUGUAUCAUUUUACAUAACAUGGUUGUUGAAAGCGAGAUUAGUCAAGGCCUUGAUCCUCAAAGUUGGCAACCCGAGGGAGAUGAUACAAGUGAUGAUGUUAUUCCGGAACACGAUUUCGCCUUUCUUUUUUCAAAGAUGAAUACUCGAAUGAAGGAGAUACAAAAUAAAAGAGUGCAUAGAGAAUUGAAGAAUGAUCUCAUAAAUCAUUUGUGGGAGUUACAUGGUGGCCAACAAGUUGAUUGAUCUUUUAUUAUUAUGGCCUCAUAUACUGUAUUUCAC